AUGCUAUCCGAAUUAUUCGCCGCGUUGAUUCCACAGGCGCACGCAGAGGAAAAGCCAGCAGAGGAGACGAACAACGAGUCAAAGGCAGAGGGCGGCGAAGAGGCAAAGGAGGAAGAAGAACCUGAAGAACCCGUCGACGAAAAGGUCCAGAGCGGUCAGGGCUUCAAGCACGAAGACUGCGUCGAGGAAAUCAUGAUGCACUGCGUAAACGAAUGCGCUGCACCAAAGCUUUUCGCCAAGCUAAAGUGA